AUGUCACCAGCGGCUGAAAAUGGCCGAGAUGGCAAGUCGGAUGGCGUCGCGCAGUUCGAAACCCACCCACUGGACUCGUCUUUAGAGGCCGCUCUUUGCAUUAGAUGUACUGGCAAGCAGCGUGACUUUGUUUCAUUUGCUGCGACUAUCACUAUGACCAGAUUGGACACUAUGGCCCCUUCACUCAGCCCGAUUCUUGUCACUGGUGGCUGUGGCUUCAUCGGCUACCACCUCGUCAAAGACCUUCUGGCUCAAGAGCCCCAGAGCGAGAUCCACGUUAUCGACAUCAAUGUGGGGCGCAACACUCAUCCCGGAGUGAAGUAUCACGAAUGUGACAUCGCCUCAGCCGCCGAUGUCGAGGCAAUCUUUCAGCAGGCUAGACCCAGGACCGUCUUCCACGUCGCUUGUCCCGAUUCCAUGGUACAGCAACCCGAAGUAUUCAGACGCGUCAACGUCGGCGGAGCGAAGAAUAUCCUCUCAGCGGCCCAAAAAGUCGGGACAGUCCGCUCCUUGGUCAACACGUCCACCUCCUCCGUGAUCCACGACAAUAUCAGCGACCUCGUCGACGCGGAUGAUUCGACACCUGUGCUCAAGUACCCGGCACAGAAGCGGGUUUACACGUUAACCAAGGCCGAAGCAGAAGCAGACCUCAUCGCCGCAAAUCGGCGUGGCGGCGAUUCAUCAUUGUUGGUCGUCUCACUGCGUCCCGCCACCGCGUUUGGCGAACGAGACACAAUCUUCAUGGGCAAGAUCGUGGCCUCCUGCAGAGCCGGCAAGGGCAACGUUCAGAUAGGCCCCGGCACCAAUGAGUAUGACGUUAUGUACGUGUCGAACCUCAUCGACGCGCACAUUCUUGCCGCACGGGCACUACACAAUGCUUAUGGCAAACCUGCGCCGGAGGACAGCAAACGCGUCGACGGCCAGUGUUUCAACGUCACGAAUCACGAACGCAUCCUCUUUUGGGACUUUCAGCGAGGUGUAUCCGCGUCUAUCGGACUGCCGGUGAAGCCGGAAGAGAUUAAGGUUGUUCUCGCAUGGGUUGCGCUCCUUGGGGCGUUUAUUAUUGAAUGGGUCACUUGGAUUCGGACUCUGGGCCGCGGCCAUCCGGCCGUCACACGAGAAGCUGUUCACCUCACAACCAUUACACGUACUCUCAAUGCAGAUCGUUUCCGACGGGUUACUGGGUACCAGCCCAAGGUCAGCAUACAUGAAGGCCUUGAAAUCGCCGGUAAAUGGUUCGUGGAGGAGCACAGGAGGAACCAAGAGAUUGGGACGAAAAAGGACAUCUAA